CGCUAGGCGGACCGCGUGCUGCUUUCUGGGUGUUCCUGUUGUCUCCUUUAGCAACGGGCUGUUGCGAUUGGAUUUCUAGUGGAAAUGUGUCACCGGCCGAUCAUGGUGCGUCUUCCUUCGCAGUGAUCGACGCUAGCGCCAAGUACCCGACGGGGCUGUUCCAGGGCACGUGGUCCGACCUGGGCGCCUUCGACGAGUGCAUCGAGACCGUGGCCCUCGACCGGAACGGCGGCGAAAUGGCGCGCGGCCAGUACUGCAACGUCUACGUGAAGAUGGCCAACGACACCUCAUUCUUCGACGAGAUGCUGCCUAACUUCAUCAUGGCCCACGAGCGGUCUCCGGUUCUGCUGCGUGCGCAAGAGGACAAGCGAGUGCUGGGAAUGCGCCUGGGUCUUUGCACCAUCGCCGACUGCACCAGAGACGAUCUUCAAGCCCUCGCCGACACACUCACUCAAGGAGCAGCCAAGGUUACUGUGAGCGACUGCACGACGAACGAGCCGAAAGAAGUCACCCAGAUCCAGCUGGCGUUUAUCUGCUUUCUGGGACUUGUGAUAUUCUUCACAAUUGUGAGCACCAUCAUUGACGUCUGUUGCUCCCGGAGAGGAGAGAAGCCAGCACCACGAAGUGAGUUUUGGGUGAUGUGUUUAAAUGGCAACCGUAUUGCAGCACGGAUAACAUUAUUUCAAGAUUUGUCUCAAUUUAUUGCUUGCAUCGUGACAUCAGUUUGCGGCUUGAUACUUUGGAUCAUUGCUUUUUCAGCGUCUAGCAACAAAAAAUAUUGAAACUAAAAACUAACAUAAAGCAUCGAAAAAGCUUGAUUUAUAUGUUGAUAUGCCUAUAUAGUGCAGAAAAUCAUGAAAAUACAUGUUUGAAAUAUCUUACAGGGUCGCGGCACUCUGUAAGGAGGGCAUAGAGCGUUCGGGCCGCUGCUAACAUUCGUUUCGGCAAGGCUGACUCCGAGAAAAAAAAAAGUUAGGAGAGGCGCGCUCAAGAAUGUUACUGGAAGUUCGCCACUUGUCAACGCACUUCCUGCUGUAUGAGACGACACUACAAAAAAAAAAAAAAGA